GCAGCAGCCUCGUGGAGGUUUGAACUUCAGCAGACAGAAGCGUGAAGAAGAAAAAGCUCAUCUGACGUCACACACGUUAGAUUUGAGCAGUCCAAGAUGGCGGAGGUGAGCGGGUUGAGGAGCAGAAAUCACUUCGAGCCCAACUGCAAAAGCCGAGUCGUUGACGAAGGCUUGAGUGGUAUGGAAGAUGUCCCCAUUGUACGGCAAAAGAAGAGGCCUCCUUUAGCCCAGCCCGAAGACCUGGAGGAUGAUUUCCCCCCCAGGACCUCUGCCUCAAAUUCGGGCAAAAAUACACUCAUCAGCCCCUCACCAGAUGAAGAGACUCAGGAAGAAGAGGCCGCGAUGGAGGAACAGAAGGCCAGGCCCAUCCAGAUCGUCGUGGCCAACGAGGACGAGCACAGCUUCGAGCUGGACACCCCCGCGCUGGAGAGGAUCCUCCUGCAGGACCACGUGAAGGACCUGAACGUGGUGGUGGUGUCCGUGGCCGGAGCUUUCCGGAAGGGCAAGUCCUUCCUGCUGGACUUCAUGCUGCGCUUCAUGCACAGUCAGGGUAAGUCGUGGAUGGGAGGAGAUGAUGAGCCGCUGACUGGCUUCACUUGGAGAGGAGGCUGCGAGAGGGAGACCACAGGAAUUCAGAUCUGGAGCGAAGUGUUUGUGGUCGACAAGCCUGAUGGCAACAAGGUUGCUGUGCUGCUCGUUGACACUCAGGGAGCGUUUGACAGCCAGUCCACCAUAAAGGACUGUGCCACUGUGUUCGCCCUCAGCACCAUGACCAGCUCUGUGCAGGUGUACAAUCUCUCCCAGAACAUACAGGAGGACGACUUGCAGCAUCUGCAGCUCUUCACAGAAUAUGGCCGCCUGGCAAUGGAAGAGAUCUGCCUGAAACCUUUCCAGUCCCUGAUGUUCCUGAUUCGGGACUGGUGUUAUCCUUAUGAACACGGCUACGGACUGGAAGGUGGAAACAAGUUCCUGGAUAAAAGACUACAGGUGAGAAUAAUUGAUAAAGGUUUGUGUACACACUCAUCAGUCAAUGACGUGAGGAAGCACAUCCACUCCUGCUUCUCCAACAUCGGCUGCUUCCUGCUGCCUCAUCCCGGCCUCAAGGUGGCCACCAACCCCUACUUUGACGGCAGGCUGAAAGACAUCGAUGGGGAUUUCAAGAUGGAGCUGGCCAGGCUGGUUCCUCUCCUGCUGGCCCCCGAGCGUCUGGUGGAGAAGGAGAUCGGAGGAAACAAAGUCACCUGCAGAGAUCUCCUGGAGUACUUCAAGGCUUACAUAAAGAUCUACCAAGGGGAGGAGCUGCCUCACCCAAAGUCCAUGCUGCAGGCGACAGCAGAAGCCAACAACCUGACUGCUGUGGCAGGAGCCAAAGACAUGUACGCCAGGAACAUGGAGCAGGUCUGCGGUGGGGACAAGCCGUACCUCGCCCCAACAGACCUGGAGCGUUUCCACGAGGAGUUUCGCGAGCACUCGGUGCGUCACUUCCGCUCCGUGAAGAAAAUGGGCGGCGAGGAGUUCUGCCAGCGCUACCAGAACCAGCUGGAGGGCGAGCUGGACGAGACCUUCUCCAACUUCACCAAGCACAACGCCGGCAAGAACAUCUUCUACACGGCACGCACGCCCGCCACGCUCUUCGCUGUCAUGUUUGUCACCUACGUGGUCGCCGGGGUGACGGGCUUCAUCGGCCUCAGCACCUUGGCGGCGCUGGCUAACCUGGCGAUGGGCGUGGCGCUGCUGUCGCUCUGCGCCUGGGCGUACGUGAAGUACAGCGGAGAGUUCAGGGAGGUGGGGACGCUGAUAGACCUGGUGGCAGAGACCCUCUGGGAACAGGUCUUGAAGCCGCUCAGUGAACAUUAUAUGGAAGACAACGUCAGACAGACGGUGGUUAACUCUAUCAAAGCCAGCUUGACAGAAUCGGGCUCGCAGCACACCAAGUUAAAGACUCACUGACGCUCUUCCUCCUCCUCCUCAUCUCCCCCGCCAUGUGCACCGCCCACUCGCUCAAUGUGAUCAAACCUAGAACUGUGGAACUAGUUCAACACCAAAGCUGACCCUCUUUUAUCCCCUUCCCCAAAAAGUCCUCCAUCAUCUCAUCGCUGCCACCGUCUCUAUUUGCUGGACCUGAUGCUCUCUGUCUGCUCUACAUCGCCCCCCAGUGCCUCAGAGCAGACGCUGCACCUUUAAUAUUAAGAGGACCGAGCAGAGAAGCCUCUCGCCAAAUCAGGACCUGAAGGCAUCUCCUCCGGUGUGCCAUGCUGUAAAAGAUGCGUCUUGUAUUGUAGGCUGACACACACACGCGCUUACAUACACACACAUGUUUGCUGGUAGCGUACUACACUCGCUUCAGAAUUGAGCUGUAAUUCAGGGAAAACUGACAACGCCGUGGGCAGCUGUAAUCAACAAACGGAUGCAAAAUGAAACGUUUUUGUGCAUUUAAUCGUGUUUUUGUCUUAUAGGCGAGAGUUCGAUUUACUUCAGUCUAACACAUCCUACAAGCACAAGUAACUUAGCGACUAAUAAUGAGCUGACUGACGUGUGAAUUGUAUCAUUUGAUUCAGUAAAAUCAGGAAACAGAUUUUAUUAAUUCUACUUAAGUGAAAGUAAAUGUCAAGGCAUGUUAUGUACAAUCUAGAGAGGCAUGAACAGUCAUGUCUGUCCUCAGAAGAGUGCACAAAUCAAACAAAACUCUUUAUUACUUAAUUUGACAUAAGUACUUCACCUGCCUGCCUCCAUUCAUUCACUGCUCACACUCAGUUUGUCACCAGGUAACAUAAUCCCACUCUGGGCUCCGGGUUGCUUCUGUCUCUCUUUCUCUAUUUUCUGAUUGUAAUCCUGAAGAGAACUGUGGGAAGCUGCGAGCCUCUCAGCUGAUUUUGACGUGUUUUUAAUUGUAGGACUGACGUGUUUUAUCUGGUCUUUAGUGUCCCGCAGCGGACCGCCAGUGUUUGACACUGCAUGGUGUUAGGAGCUACUCUGUCGUAGCAUUAAGCUAGCUAAGAGCUUUUAGGCAGCCAGGGAGGACCAUUUCAUGAAAGCUGCACUAGCUCUAAAUGUUUCUCGUUGCAUUUAAAGACUUUGAAUACACUUGGAAGCCUUCUUUUACUUCCAGGGAGUUCAAUAAAUAUAUCCUUAUUUAGCUCAAACUCCUAUUUCACAUUUCAUAAAGGAAUAGUUUGCCAUUUUGGAUAAUUUGCUUCCCUGAGUCAGAGUUAGGUGUGAUUAUUGAAGCUGUUUAUAUGUUGGGUUGAAAAUAAAACAGCAGCCAGAAGCUAAUGCUGUUAGCUUAACAGGGUGAAACUUUCGAAAUUAAAUAAAUUGGCCUGUACCAGCACAUCCAAAGCUCGAUAAUCCACAAUAUAUGUCCUGUCAGUUGAAUUUACAAUUGAAAUGUGUUAAGUAAGCUUUAGAUGUGUUGGUUGACCAUGUUUUACUUCUUUCUUUUGAGCAUGCUAGCCGUUUCACCUUAAUGCUAAGCUAAUUAGCUGCAGUUUCACAUUUACCUGACAGACACAAGACUAGUAUCAAUCUUCUCAUGUUACUCAGGAACAAAGUGAUGAGUUUAUACUGCAAACAUUGUGAACUAUUCCUGUAACCGACGAGUUUAGAUUGUAUCCACUGCCUUUGUCUCUCUUUCUGGAGUCGGAUGAAUAUUUCGAUUUCUCCAAUACUGAUAAAAUAGACCUGGACCCAUCUUUAUUUCUGACUUCUUUCUCAGCUCUUUUCGUUGAUUCCAUCCACAUUUCUGAACUGUACAGUCUCUCUCUUUCUGUGAUCACAUAGUACAAAUCGGGCAUGUAUAUGUUGGAUUAAAUAUUUAAAUAAACUUUGUAUACAUUUUAUAGUGAAUCAGUUGACAAUGGCUGUUUUUUCCUUGAUCAACCUAACACCAGUCUGUGGUUUAAGAUGGAUAAGUUGCUGCUGUAGUAGGGUUUACAUAGUUUAUCUCCUUCUCGUGAGGACGGACAUUAUGUGGUGUGAAUAUUUGGAUUCUGAUAGGAAAAUGUUUUGAUUGUGACGAGUGGCUCGGAGACAAUGUCUGUCUGCCUUUUAAAGAUGUCUCCGGUAAUUUAUUUUUGAAUAAAAUGUUUACCUUAAGAAUAAAUCAUCAAUUAAAUCCUU